UUUUUGACAGAACAUUGUUGUGGAUUUUCUCACCCUUCACUCUACAACAGCUACUUAGACAAACACUGUAAUGAAACGAAAUCAUACACGUGUUAUGUUAUAAAUAUAUGUUAUAAAUACAGAUACGUAUAAAAAUGACUCCGCAGCGAAGAAGAAUCAUUAAAAGCUCAGAAAGUAGCGCCAAUGACAAAAAAAAUAAGAGGGGAAAUUCACAGAGACAGGCCUCAUUCUGGAGGCAUAAUGUGAGCAUUCUGAUGAUGCUUGGAGCCAGUGGGUUUGUGAGCUGGAUAUAUUUUACAUGGACUGAUGAAUUGACGCACACCUUGGUUUCAAGAGUGGAGAUCCUCACACAGCCAAGAGUCUUCAAUGUUGACUGCUCGGAGGACUACAAGAAGUACAAACUCUUUCCAGGUUGCACCCCAACAAAAUGCGGCAGAGCCAUUUCAGACAAUGUUGUGACUUUGGAGGAGGCACGAAAGCUUAGAAGGUUAGCUGAACAUGGUUUAUCACUGGCUGGAUCAGAUGGUGGGGCAUCCAUCCUGGACCUUCACUCCGGCGCUCUAUCGAUGGGCGAACAGUUUGUGAACGUCUACAGAUAUUUUAAGGAUCAGAUAAGAGAUGUUUUCACCGAGGACGAUUUUCUACUGUAUAGAGAUGUCCGUGGGCGAAUUCAAAAGGCAAUAGCUGAAACGUUCGGUCUGAACUUCUCAAAGAUGUACCUCACCAAACCCACCUUCUUCUCUCGCAUCAACAGCAGCUCUGCCAAAACCACUCACGACGAGUACUGGCAUCCUCACAUCGAUAAGGAGACCUAUGGAUCCUUCGAUUACACAUCAUUACUGUAUUUGUCUGAUUAUGGUGUGGACUUUGGUGGUGGACGGUUUGUUUUCAUGGACUCCAGCAGCAACAGAACCGUCGAGCCACGUGCUGGUCGGGUGUCUUUCUUCUCAUCUGGUUCUGAGAACCUCCACCUUGUGGAGAAGGUCAAUUGGGGCACACGAUACGCCAUUACAGUGUCCUUCACAUGUGACCCUGAAUAUGCCAUUGAUAACCCCUCUCUGCCGUAGGAUCCUCCUCACUGAGGGUGACGAGUCAAAGGAACCCUAUGGAAAACACACAGAAGAACACUGUCAUCUGGCACAUAUAGAGAAACCUGAAAACUGUACUACAUUGGCUGUUUUGUUUUUAACUAAAGAGCUGUUUUGUAUUGUGAAGAGAUUUGCUUGGAUCGUCAUUUUGUAGGCCAUCAUUUUGUGGGUUUGACUUCUUUCAAAAGAUGGUUGUUGAAAUUGUCUCUUUCCUGGCUGCGCCUCACUCUUAAAAGAAAUCUUUUGUAUUAUAAAUCAUCGUCUAGACAAGCGACGCAGGCGAGAUGACAGAACAGGUGUGUGUAAUGAAAAGCGGAGAUUAGAAAACAGGUUAUCAAAUGUAUCUGCUUUUAGCCUUGAAAAAUGUUUUCCUAGAAUUGCUUUGUAAAAGGACUUCCUGAAACCUUAACGCAUCAGAUAAUUAUGAGAGAACAAAGGCUAAUUUAUAAAAUAAGUUUAGUAUUUUGUCAGUGAUGUUUAUGUUCUAUAUUUUGAAGAAUAUAAAAAAGCAAACAGUUCUUGGCCACCACUGACAACCAUAGUAGGAAAAAUUACAAUGGUAGUCAAAAGGAACUGUUUGCUUUCCUACAGUCUUCAAAUUAUCUUCUUUUGUGUUCAGCAGAACAAAGAAAUGUAUAAAGCAAUUUUCCCUACUGUUCCUUUAAUAUUAGUUAAUGUCAGUACAGUUUUUCAGGUUAGUUCAUGAUGCAUUAACUAAUGUUAACAGUUGCAAAGUUUGAUUUUAGAAAUGUGUGAGUUUUAGAAAUGAUGAAGUAAGAUAAAUAAAUGCUGUAGUAGUAUUCUUCAUUGUUAGUUCAUGUUGAUGCAUUAAUUAGGCCUAAAUGUUAACAAAUGAAGAGUUUGGUUGCAAAAUGAUCUCCAAACUCUUCAAAUACAACCUUAUUGUAAUGUGCUACCAAAACAUUUUUACAUGUUCCUAUAGCUUGAAGAAACAUGUUUGACACUUGACAUGGCAUUGUCAUGCGUCUCUUGACUUGCAUUCCAACAACUGUCUUAACAUUCCAAUAUCAAAUUCACAAUUCCCAGUUUUUCAAUUCCCAGACCUUCACCGUCUCCACAGUGGAAGUGUUUUAAUCGUUUUUUUAGUGAAUGACAUUAAGGUAAAAGUCAAUCUCAGCCAAUCACAACACUUGUUUUCGACAACUUGUUUUGCGAGCGGCUAAUUGGCUCUUGUGUUUACAGGCCUAAGGGCUAAACCUGCACGCUGUCACUUCUGUUGUGUGACUUUUAAAGAGAUAAGAAAAAAGGCUGGUGCUUCUCUCAGUGAAACAGAAAUAAAAAUGAAGGUUUUUCUUGAAAUGUUCUCCUCUAUAGUGUUCCUUCAGUAUUGAUGUAGUAUUUUUUGGCCCUUGUGUUCGGUUUCUGUCCAAACCUAUGACAGCGGUGAAUUGCAGGUUUGAGAUGUUUGCAUCCAAUGCCUGCUCUUAAGCUGCAGGCGUCAGUGUUAUUAAAAUAGAAAAAAUACUCGAUUAAGACCUCUUGUUUGUGUGUGCUGAUGCGCGAUGAUUCAUGACCGGAAUUUUGGCUAAUGUUUAAUUUGCCUUUUCUGUUUAUUUCCACAUCAGCAGUAGUGUAAUUGGAAAUCUCUCUUGGUCUAUAAUGUUCCUUUUUCUGUUGCUAAUUUAUUCAUGCUGUACUGUAUGAAUGAAUGUGAACUAGUGUGCAGAAAUCAGUUUAGGUUUAUGCAAAACAGGCCGUUGAUCCGACCGCUGAUCCGACACAGGGUUCAGUACAUUGAGAAACAACCAGUAUAUCUUAUGAAGUAGCUUGUUAUGAAAUAGCAUUUGAUUGGGUUGAUGUGGUUCAAUGUGCUUGUGCGUGAUUUGUAAUAAUCUUUAUUUUUCAGUUUGCUUUGAAACGUGACGCACUCAGCAUACCCCGGAGGUAUUUUUGACUGGAUUGGAGAACAUUUACAUAGGGUGGGAGAGUCCUCUGUCAAUAGUAAUCCUUUUAAAUCCGUUUUUAUCUUAAGAUCUAUCUUAAUCUUAUUACAUUCUUACAUGUGUUAUAUAGUCCUGAAGAUUAAACUGUGUGAGUAUCGGCAGAUGUUAAGCCAGAUUUUUAAUCAUUUUUUAACAGGAAUGCAAAUUCACAGCUGAUAAGAAUGGCUUUUGGGAGGGAGGGGAGGAGGUUUUGCCUGUGCAUGUUGUGGUGUUAAAGAACAGAUGUUGCUAAUUUAAUAUUUUGCAAAAGCAAACGAUGGACAUCUUCAAGCCUGCAGUUUGACCGUAAGACUCGUAGCUAUUUACUAGAACGUGUGCGUUCAUGUGUGCAGUAACACAAGCUUCCCUUUGGUGAUCAACUUAAAUCAUAAAUUCUGGAGUUAAUUUGCAUGACUGCCCAUUUGCAGAGCUCAACAAUAACAUAUACAACCAAAUUGUCACUCAUUUAAUUUCUUCAACAGACUAAUAAAUACUAAUGGAAAGGUCUGACUGGCGCCUUCAGCCCAAGGUUGUGCAAAUAUCAAGUGUGAUUUUAAUACGAGUGCUUGAUACAUCUGACUCAGUUCUUCCACUUUUGAGCCAGUCCUUCCAUUAUGAAAUGACGUUCAUAGAGUAAGACUUGGCACUGAGAGCGGCUCAAAAACUUGUAACUACUUUGACCCUGGUCUGACCUUCAAGCCACUCUUGAGUUUGACGACUGUAUAAAAAAGUCAGACCCCAGUUGUAUAGCUUCUGUUCUUUUGUCUCCAGAGAACUGUAAAAAUCAAUUUUAUACUUCCACAUUGUGUCUGCUUCCGGGGGUAUAGGAAUGUGUGUAUAUGUCUUUCCCUCAAUUUCCACAGCUGAAAGACCAUCAAAUCCAUUCUAACAUUGUAAACAGAAACGAUCAUUUCUGGGGGUUGUGCUCUUUGACCGCAAGAGGAUUAUUUGUCAUGCCUUUUGAUAUUGCUGAUUUGGAAUGUCGUUAUAAAUGACCUUUACCCAACAAUUUGAAGGAUGAAGACCAUGCAGAUUGUCAGACAGUUUGGAAUUCAUGGGAGACAUGCUAAUUCACAUGCAUGGUGCAGUGUACUCUGUCUUGUGCUGAGGAGGUUGAGCGUGAAAAACUUUUCACCUUUGAAACCACCUGUUUUUCUCCUGCAGUGUCACAAUAUGGGAGGGGGGUAUGAUUACCAUGAGCUGGGAAGGGAUUUCAGCGCAGCGAUUUUGGCAAUACAUCUGCUUAUCUCUCAGAUUAGUAUGGCAACAUUUGUUGCUUCCUAUUGGCUUUAUUGGCUAUAUGUGAAGUCUAAGUCUGAUCUGGUGUCCUUGACCUAAAUAAAUGUGUCAGUGUGUAUUAUUGUAAUGCUAUGGAUCAAACCCAUAUGACAGAUCUAAGUAUAGGCUCAUUAAACUUACUUUUCCAGUGUAGAGGAGCUUGUCAUAUUUUAUCAUUCAGAUUAAAUGUGGGACUAUAUUUACAUUUGAAGAAUAUUUUAUCCUUAAUAUGCAUUUGAAUAAUUUCUGAUCUGGUUUGUAAAUGAAAAAACAGGCAUUCUUUACUGUUUUACUUUCAGCGCUAACAUGCUGUCAACAAAAUAAGUUUUUUACUCUUCUCUUGUGCAUCCAAGAAAUCAUACCUAUCUGUCAAGGCAAGCAUACUUUGAUACCUGCCUGUCACUUCUUUGAACACGUGGCAUCAAUUAAACAUAAGAUUAUAAUUAAAUGACAUGCAUGGAAAUGAGGGAAAUAUAUGAGUGAGUGUAUAGUUUUGUGAAUAGGGAAGACUUUUCCUGCUGAUAAAAAGAAUAUACAAAUGGCUUCCGUUACAAACAUCUUUAUGAACCAUCAGCUAUUUACCAUUAAAAC